CAGCGAUACUAACGCCGUCUAACCAGCUCUGAAAAUAUAAAUAUAAUUUUCUAACCUCUUUCAUGAAUAUUGGUAUCUAUCUCUUAUAUGACUAUAUUAUUGUGAUUAAUUUAGAUCAUUAAAAAUUUAUUAUCGCAAAUACACUAAUUUGGAAUUUGAAAAGAAAUGAGUAAAACAUAUAAUAGACUUAAGGAGUUGAGAAAAUUUAGAACACAAGUUGAUAAAGAAAGAAGUGUUCUCAAGAAUGUAUUAUCUAAACUUGACCAACAAAUAGAUGCACUUCAGGUUGAACAAUUAAACUUAAUAAGUCUUAUAAAUGCAAAAAAUAAUACUAAAGAAGUUCGCAAAGAUACUAAUGAAGAAUCAUCUUUGCAAACAAAUAACCAAGUUACAAAUCAAAAACUAUUAGAUUUAUCAGUGCCUCUUUUAAUGGAUGUUAAUGAAGAAGAAAGUGAAGACGAUAAUAAUAGCAAUGCAUUUUAUGAGUUGGCUGAUAUAUUAGAAAAUGAAAUAAAUAACUAAUGAAUAUAAUGAUCUAACUUUGUAAAAUAUUUUUGUACGUACUUAGAUUAAAUAAAAUUAAAAUACAAAA